AUGGCUGCAAAACCGUUCGACGAGAUGCAGGUGAACUGGAUCACCCAGCCGGAUCCAAUUGGCGUGGCCACGCUGGGUGUGACCAUUUGCCUUGGUGCCAUCUCCCUGAUCGUGGUCGUCCUUCGUGUUUGGGCUCGUCAGAACACAGGUGCCCUUGGGCUUGACGACUAUUUGAUGAUAGCUGGCUUGGGCAUUUUCCUGGCAUGCUGUACCUUCACUUCCAUAGCUGUAUAUGCAGGCAUGGGAACGAAAGAUGCGCGUCUUGAAGAAUGGAAUUCUGUAGCAGGCAUCAAGUGGCUAGUCUUCUUCCAAAUCACCUACGCCUGGAGCCUCCCUUUCAUCAAAGCCAGCAUCUGCUUCACCGUCUUCCGGAUCACAAACAGAAAGAGAUACCGAGUCAUUCUCUGGACUGCCAUGAUCGCAUCGAUCCUCAGCACCACUAUUGGCUUCAUCGCCGUUGUCGCCGUUUGCAGGCCCGUCAGCUACACUUGGGACAAGUCUCUGGACGGGUCUUGCGCACCGACCAAUAUCAUAACCAGCAUCAGUUAUCUGAUUUCGGUGAUGGCGAUCAUCACUGACUGGACCUGCGCCGUUGUCCCGACUGUGGUUGUGUGUGGACUACAGAUGAAGCCGAGAGUGAAGGCUUCUGUGUGUGCCGUACUCGCGCUGGGAGCCAUUGCAAGCGCUGCCACCAUCAUCCGUCUGCCAUACCUGCAGUACUACAAUGUGGUCGAAGAUUAUUUGCAUAACAUUGCCAACAUCGUCCUAUGGUCAAUCUUCGAAUGCGGUAUCGGCAUCAUCGCAGGCUCAUUGCCAUCCCUUCGACGACUCCUCAAGUUCUGGCUUGACAAGUCUUCGAAGGGCUCGUAUAACAACACCGGUUCAAACCCCUUGCAUGGAGACUCUGGAUACCAAGGAAGCAAUGGAGUUAAGUUGAACAACCUUAGUGGACGGGCGAUGACGGUGUCCAACUGUCAGACUGGUAACCGAGACAACUGGGUACAGCUGGACGAUGAUGACAAUAGCCAGAAGCACAUCAUCAUGAAGACGCAAGAGGUUUCUGUUCAGAUUGAGAUGGACAACCACAAAAGACAUAGAUAA